UCCAGCUGUUGGGAGAGCCGCGCGGAGGGGAGGGGGCCUGUCAGUUUGCAUUGCUGAACAACGUGCUGAAGCCGACGGAGCGCGGAGGCGACGGCGAAGCCCGCGUUUUGUUUUGUUUUGUUUUGUUUUGUUUUGUUUGUUUGUUUGUUUGUUUUCCCGUAGAGACACUCCUCCAGUCCACGCGCCCAAGCCCCGCUUCCAGCAGAGCAGAGCAGACCGGACCAGACCAGACCAGACCAGCGGUUUGAUGAAAACCUGGUGUCGGCUUUGGCGUCAGAGGCGCAUGAGUACCAGCGCGUUUAGCUUCUUGAGUAGCAGCAGCAGCGGCGGCGCGGGCGGCGGCGCGAGCGGCAGCGCGGGCGGCGGCGGCGGCGGUGCGGGUGGCAGCGGCAGCAGCGAGGGGACCAGGGAGACUCUGCGGGUCGUGCAGAAACGUGGUUCUCGGAGACCUCAGUAGAGUCCGUCACCAUGUUGUCCGCAGUACGUGGCUUGAGCUCUGGGACGUCUGCGAGAAUGUUGGCGACUCUGAUACUGACUCUGCUUUGCAUCCACCCUGGCCGUGGGCAGACCUGCACGGAGGGCUUUGCCUAUGACCGCAGAGCAAGGCAGUGUAUAGAUGUGGAUGAGUGUCGUACCGUGCCGGACGCUUGUCGAGGCGACAUGCGCUGUGUAAACCAGAAUGGCGGCUACCUGUGCAUCCCGAGGGGCUUGUACAACCAGCCGUAUAGACCCGAGACACCGGACCUCCCCGACCCUCCCUACCGAGAGACACCGGCGGGCUUUCCGGACAGCUUUCGCCCGCCCCCCCCGGGACCCGUGGAGCCCAGCUACCCCAUAGUGAGGAGCACCGCGCCGUGCAUCCUCGGGUAUUCGCUGGCUGAGGACGGCACCUGUAACGACAUUGAUGAAUGCGAGACAAACACCCACCAAUGCAAUCCCACCCAGGUGUGCAUCAACACAGCGGGGGGCUACACCUGUUCCUGUGUGGAGGGCUACUGGCUGGUCGCCGGACAGUGCCAGGAUAUUGAUGAGUGUCGCUAUGGUUACUGCCAACAGCUGUGUGCCAACGUGCCUGGCUCUUACUCCUGCUCCUGCAACCCUGGCUUCCUGCUCAACCCCGACCGCCGGACCUGUCAAGAUGUGGAUGAGUGUGAAGAUGAGCCGUGCACUCACGGCUGCUUCAACACCUACGGCUCCUUCAUGUGCAACUGCGACGAAGGAUUUGAACUGGCGGCCGAUGGCACUUCCUGUAUUGACUUGGAUGAGUGUGGCUUCUCUGAGUUUUUGUGCCAGCACAGAUGCAUCAACACGCCGGGCUCGUUCUCCUGCGUCUGCCCUCCUGGCUACUACGUCUACGAGGACGGCCGGAGUUGUGAAGACAGCAAUGAAUGUGACACUGGUAACAACACCUGUACAACAGCACAAGUAUGUUUCAAUUUCCAGGGAGGCUAUACAUGCCUGGACCCUUUACAAUGUGAACGUCCUUACAUUGAGCUCAGUGACAAUCAGUGCAUGUGUUCUGCUGAGAACCCUGCCUGCAGGGACAAACCUUUCACCAUCCUGUACCGACACAUGGACCUGUCCUCCGGGCGCAGCGUGCCUGCAGACAUCUUCCAGAUGCAGGCCACCACGCGCUACCCCGGGGCUUUCUACAUCUUCCAGAUAAAAUCGGGGAAUGAGGGGCGGGAGUUCUACAUGAGGCAAACCAGUAAUGUGAGCGCCACCCUUGUCUUGUCGCGCCCCAUCAAGGGACCAAAAGAGGUGGUGUUGGACUUGGAAAUGGUCACCGUCAACAAUGUCAUCAACUUCCGUGGCAGCUCCAUCAUACGUCUAACGGUAUUUGUGUCGGAGCAUCCGUUCUGAGCCCCCAACCCCCCCCCCCCCCAUCCCAACGCCACCACAUCGCCCGUGUCUCAAUACGUCCCCAAAGGAACUUCAAUAUCCCAGUCUUUAGCUCAGAAUCCACAACGGACCAGCUGCACCUGGGGAUGACAUAAGGAGGCCGCCCGUCACCCUUUCUUUUAUUACCUCUGAGUCAUCACCGGUAACGGCACAUCCAAUAACGACAGGUCUGCUGAUGGGAAAGGAUUGUCCAGACCACAGUCCCCACCCUGUUUUAAUGGACACUCUUGCUUUCAUGGCUGCAAGAUGGACUUUCAACACAAAGGGAUAUUUAUGGUGUACAAUUUCUGUCAUCUAUUUUUUUUUUAUUUAGAAAAUGAUCUCAACAUGGCUUAUAAGUCACUGAAAUUUAAAGUAUUUGCAUUCGUCCAUGUAGUUUUUGUCAUCUGUCCUAUAUUUGUUUGUGAUCUUCAUCCAUUCAGAUGAGCUGGGAAAUGGAAAGCUUAUAACAAGGGCGUCAGUUGGCCUAGAUUCUUAUACGCUUGAAUCCAAAGUUUACUUUACAAAUAGGUGUCAACUGCAUUAUACAUUUGGAAUGACAGAAGGGAUCCAUAGAGGUGCAGUUGUUGAUGUGCAGGGGGAAUAAUGCAGCCGCCGACUGAGUUACUGAUAUCCAUCUGCGCUGAUCAGCAAGUUUACUCACGACACAAAUGAUGUCAGCAGACAUGAAUUUUGUCAGUGUUGUUUUUAUUCCUGUUAAAUGUCUUUUAAUUUCCCCACACUUCUUCAAAAGGAGAACCUGUAAGCGAGCCUGGUCAGUAAAUAAACACAUGCUAGACCUGUGAA